GGUUUUAUUGGUUUAACCCUUUACAGAUACACACUCUGCAGUUCUUCUACACUGCUGUCACACCAGGAAUAAAAGUCACUGCUGUUGGUCUGCUGGAUAGAGAACAGUUUGUGUACUACGACAGUAGCAUCAAGAAGAUGAUCUCAAAGACAGAGUGGAUACAGAAGAUCAGUACUUAUGAUAAAGAUUACUGGAACGUAGAAACAGAGCGUGUUAUGGAUUAUAAAGACUUUGUGGCUACAGUAAUGAAAAGCUUGAAUCAAGCUGAAGGAGAUCAUACACUCCAGUUGGUGUUUGGCUGUGGGCUUGAUAACGGCACCAUUAGAGGAUACAGUCAGUACCGUUAUGAUGGAGAAGAUUUCAUCAGUCUGGAUCUGAACUGGUGCCAGAAACCUGGAUGCCGAACUUGGACUGCAGCUAAUGAGAAAGCUGAGAUCUGUAUAAAAAAGUGGGAUCCUAGAGGAGAUCAGGCUAGAUCCUGGAUGGACUACCUGCAAUUCAACUGUAUUGAUCAGUUAAAAAAAUCCUCCUAUAGUGUCAGUGAUCCAGAAACAUUCGCCUUCUCCAGAGCUGGUGUCAUACCACAAGUUUCUUCCCCAAAGCAAUGAUGAUCUUCUGGAAAAAGGACGGAGAGGACGUGCAUGAGGACAUGCAGCUCAGUGUAACAUUACUAAACCAAGAUG